AUGGCACUCAGAUUUCCUGCUCCUAAGGCGGCUGAGUAUGCAAUUGGCUCCAUAGGCCUUGGAUAUGACAUUGCAAUUGAUCUGAGAUUGAAGUACCGGAAAGGAGAUGUUAAUGAUUCACGUUUAAUUGAGAUUGAUGAAAAUGGUGGUCGAGAGAUUGUACUGCCCGGCGGGAUUGUCAUCCCGAAUGUUCCCAAAUCAAUAAAAUGCGAUAAAGGAGAAAGAACACGGUUUAGGUCCGAUGUUCUCUCAUUCCAGCAGAUGUCAGAGCAGGUCAACCAGGAGAUGUCUCUAACAGGAAAAAUCCCCUCUGGGCUCUUCAAUACCAUGUUUGAGUUCUCAGGCUGCUGGCAGAAAGAUGCUGCUAACACUAAAACCCUUGCUUUUGAUGGGGUGUUCAUCACACUGUACACUGUGGCACUAGAGAAGUCUCAGAUUGUUCUUCGUGAUCAUGUUAAGAAGGCAGUCCCGUCAUCAUGGGAACCAGCUGCCCUGGCCAAGUUUAUUGAGACGUUUGGAACACAUAUAAUUGUUGGUGUCAAGAUGGGUGGAAAGGAUGUAAUAUACAUAAAACAGCAGCACUCAUCAACUCUUCAAACAGCUGAUCUGCAGAAAAGAUUGAAAGAAAUGGCGGAUAAAAGAUUCUCAGAUGUAAUCAGCCAGUCUUCUGAACCAGUAUAUCAAAAUAACAAGUUCGAGAUAAGAGAGCAGCGAUUGAGGUUUGCUGAUACCAGUCCUUCGAGUUCUUAUUCUAACAAGGAGGACAUCACAAGAAUAUACAAGAGGAGGGGCGGAAAUGACAGUGGAUACCUUUCACACAGUGAGUGGUUAAACACCGUUCAAUUAGAGCCUGAUGCGAUCUCUAUGUCUUUCAUCCCUAUUACGUCCCUGUUGAAUGGAGUCCCAGGGAGUGGGUUCUUGAGCCAUGCCAUAAAUCUCUAUCUAAGAUAUAAGCCCCCAAUUGAAGAGUUACACCAGUUUUUGGAAUUUCAGCUGCCAAGGCAGUGGGCCCCAGUAUUUAGCGAACUCCCACUCGGCCCACAACGUCGGCAACAAAACAAUGUAUCACUACAGUUCAGCUUUAUGGGCCCCAAGCUGUUUGUGAACACAAUUCCAGUUGACGUGGGCCAGAGGCCGGUGACUGGCCUUAGACUGUACCUAGAGGGGAAAAGAUGCAACCGCUUAGCCAUACAUUUACAGCAUCUCUCGUCUCUCCCCAAGGUCUUCCAACUCAAAGAUGACCCAAAUGGUAAUUUCAGCCAAGAGUCGUAUCGUGAAUAUCACGAGAAGGUUCAGUGGAAGCACUUCUCACAUGUCUGCACGGCUCCAAUCGAGUCUGACGAGGAUCUCUCCAUAGUAACGGGUGCCCGGUUACAAGUGGAGAACUAUGGGUUCAAGAGCGUUCUCUUCCUGCGGCUUAGAUUCUCAACUGUGUCAGGUGCUGCACGUUUAAAGCAUCCCGAGUGGGAUGGAUCCCCAGGUUUGGCAGCUAAAUCUGGGUUGAUAUCUACAUUGAUCAGCCAUCACUUCACUUCAGUUCAGAAGCCAGCUCCGAGACCAGCUGACGUCAACAUAAAUUCAGCCGUGUACCCUGGAGGUCCACCGGUCCCGGUUCAAGCCCCCAAGCUGCUGAAGUUUGUGGACACAACAGAGAUGGCCAGAGGCCCACAGGACAAUCCUGGCUACUGGGUUGUUUCUGGGGCAAGGCUAAUGGUCGAGAAGGGAAGGAUCUCUCUGCGCGUGAAGUAUUCCUUAUUAACCAUUGUGUCUGAUGAUGAUGAGGAUGAUGAAUUGGAAGCAGAAGACACACUUCGAUGA